AUGGGUUCUAACGCUCUCCCGUACAUGGAGACUAAGCCUAAGCUCAUCUUCUUCACCGACUUUGAUGGGACAAUUACAGUCGACGACAGCAAUGACUUCAUGAUCGAUAACCUUGGCUUCGGCCGGGAAAAGCGCCUUGUGUUGGGCAACCAGGUCCUUGACGAGACUCUGAGCUUCCGUGAUGCCUUCCGCAAGAUGCUUGAAAGCAUCAAGACCCCGUACGACGAGUGCAUCGAGACGCUGUUAAAGAACAUGAAGCUGGACCCAUACUUCGAGGAAUUCUACUACUGGGCCAAGGAUAAUAACGUUCCUAUUGUCAUCCUUUCAUCUGGAAUGCGACCCAUUAUCAGCGCCUUGUUGGAGAAGUUCCUCGGCCACAAGCCAGCCAGCCACCUCACCAUCAUUUCCAACGAGCCUGCGAGCCGGGAUGGCAAGGAUAUCAACAGCGAGGGUGGUUGGCAAAUUGAGUACCAUGAUGACAGCCACUUUGGGCAUGACAAGUCCCUGGAAAUCAAGCCUUAUGCCGCAUUGCCCGAUGGAGAGCGCCCGAUUCUUCUAUACGCAGGAGACGGUGUUUCUGAUUUGUCCGCGGCUGCAGAAACUGACCUUCUCUUCGCCAAGCAAGGCAAAGAUCUGGUGACCUACUGCCAGCGCAAGGGAAUGCCCUACACGACUUUUGAGAAUUGGUCCACAAUCCUCUCGACCACCAAAGACAUAUUGAGCGGCACGGUUUCGGCGAGUGAUGUGGCUGCCAAGGCUUCGCUCGGCCUGUAG